GGUUCUUUGGGGCAUUUUGAAAGCAGCUUUCACAGUGAAUCCAAAGCAAUCAAUGAACCUGUACAAAAGUGUUAUUGAUUGUUUUUAAUGCACUGUGAUGCACUGCUAACUCUCUGGAUCCAAAAUUUAUGAAUCAUCAAAUGAAGAUACAUGCCAUGUGUUUUUUUUAGCCAAUUGAACCCAAUGCUGUGAGGAUGGCUAGAUGAGAACCACUUCCUGAACCUCAGUGAUUCUUUCAAGUCAUUUUUGUAUGAUCCUGUUAUGAUGGCUUAUAAAAGUGCCAGUGUGUUACUAUUUAUCAAACAGGAAUGAACUAAUAGAUAAAGAAAAUCGCUAAAUCCAUCUUGAAGUUUCAGGCUCUAAUAGUUGUAUCACUUUAAAGACAUUACAAAGGAAAAAGAAAUGCACAAACAGCGGCUGUUGCAUUAAAGCUAUGUAAUGACCACAGAAGCUCAUUAGCAUGACUAUUGAAGGAGCAAUGAUAGUCAAUACAAUGGAGAAAGGGCAUCUGGGCCUUUUUUUACACUUAUGUUACAGAACUUAUAGGACACAUUAGCUAAUUGACUGUUUUUCCAGCUUGUCAUUUUAAUGGUAUGUCUUUGUAAACCAUUGGCAUCUGGACACAAAGACAUGCCGCCGGUUAAUCAAAGAUCCAGAGAAGAGCCUAGGAGAUGUUCUGACUCAGGACACUAAUUAACGGCGCAUCAGACCUCCAAAUGAGCAAGAGGCUGAUUUGUUCUGCGUCAUUUUUGUGGUUGGCCUUAGUGACGUCUAUCAGCGUGGACAUCCCUGACGAAAUAAAAGACACUUGUUUUCUGCCCCUGACAAAAGGAGAUCAGAUGAUUGUUGGGCUCACAAGGCAGAAGAUGAUGUGUUUCCACUCCAACUUCUACAAAGCUGCAGGGAUGGACAAGUCUAAAAGGGUAAGAUGGCUUUAAUUUGACUGUAUGUUGAACAAUGAUUAAGCAGAUUGACUUUCUAAUUCAUGUGUGGAGACAAAUAACAAACUCUGGAUACCAGUUUUGGAUAUUAUUCACCAAAUUUUUUUAACCUUUGACUAUUCAAAGGCAGAGGCAGCUGACUUUGACAUACUUGCUUGGUUAGCUCAUGAGCUAUGACUUCUUGCAUUUGCACAUUUAUAACUCAAAAUUUGACUCCUGAUAUCAUUUGGCCAAGUCUCUGAAUGUCUUCUUUCAGUGGUGAAUUCACAGGGCAAAGCUGCAGCCCUGAAGCUGAUCUGUAGUGAAUUGUAGCAGAGCUGCUGAAAACUUAAUUUGAUGACAUUUUGCUGUGGACAGAUUAUCAGUUAUAAAAGCUUAAAAUAUUAGAAAGUUCAGACAGUUGCACAGGAACAUGCUGGCAUGCCUAUACCAGUAAUCGUCAUACUUACGCAGACAGAUACUAUUUUAUAUUUAACAGAGUUGUUGCAAAGUUGUAUCUCUGUACUCGAUCAGAUGCUAGAAUGAGCUCUGCUAAAUAAAAGCCUUGUUGAAAAUUGAUUUAAUUUCUUCCAUCCUUAUACCUCUUUAUCUAAUCAAAUUAUAUAAGUCUGCAUCCGAAAUGAGUGUUAUGGUUCUUUCUUUUUGGAAUAUUUACUUCAAAUAGAUGAAAUCAUGAAGAUAAUUGUCGAUAAUUGUGAUGAUAAUUGUGUUGUUGAGACAUACAGUUUAGCAGAAAACUUGUCAGAUACCUCCUUUUUGAAUUAUGUUUAUAACAUAUGUGGCAGUUAGUUUUUCACCCGUCAUUAAGUAGGGCUGGGCGAUAAAACGAUAAUGAUAUAUAUCAAAAAUUAAUUUCCCUCAAUAUAAAUAUAAAACAUGGUCAAUAUGCUUAUUGAUAGUCGGCGUUCUGACAUGUUUUGGUGAACUAUACGAAAAGCCAAAAAGGGGAGUUGCUCCGGGUCCACUUCGCACUGAACCAAUGUGCAGAAUUAGAACCAAGUAGCAAACAACUGCGUAGUAGCAGGCUGCAGCUACAUGGAACCAAAGCACUUUAACACAUGAAGCCAACAGCACAAUCUGUGAAAAAAAAGAAAAUGAGUGCUACCCCCAGCAGAAAUGCAGAUGAAGGUUCAACAGAUGAUGACAUCGACGACAACACUGGCACGAAAACGUUGGUGGUGUGGAGGUAUUUUCUUUUUUUGAGGUUGGACAUGAAGCAGAGUAAUGUGCACUGCAAAUUAUAUCAAGUACACGUUCUUGCAAAUUCGGGGAAUACCUCAAAUCUUUUUUUCACCACCUGAAGCAGUGCCACGCAGCAGAGCAUGUGCAAUGCAAAAGGUUACAAACCCUGAGCAGUGCAAGGUGCCCAUGGCGCCUGUGCACCAAAACAGCCGACCAUUCAGUCCGCUUUCUCUUGCACAACGCCAUAUGACAAAAUGUCAAAGAGUCACAAAGACCUCACAGAUGCAGUAGCAUAUAGUAUUGCAAAAGACAUGCUAUCAAUAAGCACUGUUAAAAUUUCAUUUUUUAUAUUGUGAUAUAUAUCAAUAUUGACUGAUAAGAAAAAUAUAUACAAUGAUAAGCUUUUUCCCAUAUCGCCUAGCCCUAUCAUCAAGUCAAAGUGACAAUAAACUACUUAAAUUUUGAGGUUCAACAAGCAACCUGCAAAGUGCUUUUCAAACUAAUUUAUUUUACUUUUAACGUCAGUUUCCAGCUCAUGCAUUCCUUCCCUCUCAGUUGAUUUUUCUGUGAACUGAUCUUUUAUCCCAGCAGAAGGUCCUGCUGCUGGUCUGGAUGUUGCUGCUGUCUCAGAUGGCCUGUGAUGCUCACAGCAUGUCUGAGUGCUGCAGACAACCCUCCCCCUCCUGUCGCCUGUAUGUGCUGCUGUGUCGCACUGGUAGUAAGACCUUGGGGGGACCACUCACGGGUGAUGCUGCUGCUGGCAUCCUCACUCUAGGUAAAAGGAAAGAGGACACGAACCGCCUACAGAGCCGACUCUCCCACCUCCUACAUGUGUCCAGGAAUCCAGCAGCAGGGAUCCUGACAAUGGGGAAGAGGACUGAGGAGAGGUCUGCAGAGUACACAGACUGGAUGGCUCAGUCAGGAUUCAGCAUUACAACUCCUGUUCGCAGCUAAAUAACUGAUGGCUCAUGCAUAGAGGGACUAUUUUUUGCGCAUGUACACAGUACUAUGAUUUUCUAAAAUUGCUGCCUUUUCAUUGUGGUGUCUCGAAUGUCUGUUUGUCUAUCAGAUAUCAUGGAGAUGUGCAAUUUUGUACAUGUUUAGAACAGGCCAUGUGGUGAAAUAAAAUAAUAAAGCUGAUAACAGGUCUCUUA